GCUGUGAUCAUGAGGGUUGUUGUUGAACGGGCAGGCCAAUAAAUACAAAUAAAUGAAAAUUGACAAUGUAUUUUAAUGCUAUGUAGUAAUUAUAUUCUGCAAUAGUUAGUUAAAAGUAGCAAAAACAAGAGGUCGAAUGACGAGAGACACGGACAACGUUAAGGCAGUUAGUGCAGUUCACACUUAAUCCACACGAUGGCAACGAUUUCCUAACAACCAGCUCGAGAUCCGGAGAAGACGAAGAAGUCUUUUCGGCCAAUCACGCUUCGAGACGUCAUCCUUCCGCGUCUGCACUCUGACGGCGCUGACGUCGGGAAGGCAGCAGUAAUCACAAAGUGGUCCAACUCGAGGAAAUAUUUUAUCCACCGCGUUUCAAAAUAACUGAGGCAUGGCUUCCCGGGCAGGACCGCGGGCUGCGGGCACGGACGGCAGUGACUUCCAGCACAGGGAGCGUGUUGCCUCGCACUACCAGAUGAGCGUUGCCCUCAAGUCUGAAAUCCGCAAACUCAACAUCGUGCACCUGUUGCUGUGGAUGCUGAUGGCAGCUCAGGUGACCGUAAGCCAGCUGGGUCUGGUGUCCCACAAGACGAUCGCCUCACCAUACCAGUGGGAGUACCCGUACCUCCUCAGCAUCAUCCCUACCGUCUUCUGCUUCCUGGCUUUGCCUCGUAACAACAUCAGCUACUUGGUCAUCUCCAUGAUCAGCGCCGGGCUUUUCUCAGUGGCGCCGCUCAUCUACGGGAGCAUGGAGAUGUUCCCUUACGCUCAGCAGCUCUAUCGGCUCGGGAAAGCCUACCGCUUCAUCUUUGGCUUCUCGGCGGUGUCGGUCAUGUAUCUGGUGAUCGUCAUUGCCGUGCAAGUGCACGGCUGGCAGAUCUACUACAGCAAGAAGCUGCUGGACCAAUGGUUCACCAGCACGCAGGAGAAGAAGAAGAAAUAAGUUGACCAAAGUGCCUAAGUUCAAACAUUGACUGAUGCGGCCUGAACUGCGAGGCAAAACUGUGUGUCGAACAUCUUUUUUCCUGCCUUUACAUACUUUGAUAACGCCUUCAUUUCCUUCAGUACAUGACUGCUGCCAUCACUGUGUACUAACAUGCAUCAUCACUCACUAUACUCCACUGUAAAGAACGUGUGGUUUUCCUCAUACUUUGUGCUCAAGUGUUGCAGUGGUUAAAUAAAAGAAAUUAAUUGCAAAA